GUCAAGGAAUGUGACACAUAUGUAUCAUUAGUUAACCAUUGUGAUAUAAUACAACCGGUGUUAUUGGUGACAAUUUCAAAACUGUAACACAACAGGCGUGUAAGAUAAAUCGGAACUAAUCCAUGGGAUCAGAUGACCGCCAGCUGGAGUCUAUUGCCGUCCUAAUCUCCCUGCCCGUCCUUAAAACUCUUGCUACAUUUGAAGCAGCUUGUGAUACUUUAAUGCAAAAUGACCUAAUACAAGGGGACGCAACUCUCAGAACAGAAAACGAAACAGUGAGUAAAAAUGGACAGGGUUAUUUCAAAGCCGAAAUUAAGCGGAAAGAAGUAUCAUUAUUGUGUUCUGUACAACUAUGUUGAUGGUCCAGCAAGUCAUAGAGAUAAUGACCAAAAAUUGUCUAGAGCUUUUCUAGCGAAAAUGGAAGAUGAACUAACUGGGUGUGGCUUUACCGAUGGGUAUUAUUUUGAGAAAAUUCUUCCAGGAAGUAAUUUAUUUGAAGUGUAUUCAGCUACGUUUAUCGAACCAUGCGAGAAAGUAGUGGUCAUUUUAACUAAAGGCUUUAGAGAUAAUUGUUGGCAUAAAUACACCCAGCAAAUAUCAUUUAUGAAACUGAUCAAUGGCGGUAAAACUGCCACCGUUCUGCCUAUUGUUAUAGGUGAAAAACGGGAGCAUAUACCUAAAGAUCUAGGGCUAGAUAGGGAGCAGAUAUUAUUUUUUGAGGAAAAAUGGGAAGAUGAUGAAGGUAAUUGGUGUCGGUUAAAAGACUGUUUUCUUGAAAACAAAUCAAUUCCAGCUUUGAUGAAAAGAUCAAAAUCCAAUAUUCCAGUUGAAGAAACCCAAGACUUUAAUAGCCUCGCUGAAGAUGGUGCACCAGCUACGGGACAAGAUGUACCCAACGUGAACAACCUUAGCAUUGAUGGUAGACCACAAAGUCCACCUAGCGGGGCUGCAUGUGGAUCUAAACAAUCGAAAAGAAUUUCCUGUCACGGUGGAGCUACAGGGGGACUGUCAUACAGAUCACCUACAACCCAAGUUCAUUCAAAUCCCUCUGGUCCUAGAGGGGACCCAGUUGGUGCUGCUACGAGUUUCCCAGACCUUCCGCUGAAACCACCAGAUGAUACUGAAGAAGAUCGCUUACCGUCUACACCACAGACCAUUGUAAUUACCGAUUAUGCACCUGAUUCUAUACACAUUAGUAAAGCAGCUCAUCAAGAAAAGGGCCAUACAUCAGGGUCAGAUAAGGAAAAUCCUGCUGAACAGAAGACGUCGCCUUUUUAUAUGGACGUCUUGAAUUACAUGGUUGGCACUUUGUGAUGAAACUUAAAAACAUAAUUUUAGAAUUAAGCUGAUGCAUAAAAAAAAAAUUUGAAGGGUGGUCCAAGAAUUCUGAUUCGUAUAUAAAUACGAUUAAAUAUACCGGUCUUGAACACACUCUCCCCAACAACAGACAGCGCUAUCCCUCUCAAAUAAAACGUGGACCAAACUACCAUAUUUAUGAAGCAAGUCCGUAGCUAUGGGGUGAAGAAAUAAAAUAUGAGUAUUUUGAAGCAUCUUUUGAACAACAUCAAAUUCAAAUUAGAACUGCCAUUUGUAUAUUUUUAAUUCAUUUUAGUCUCAUUAUUACUACAGACUGAAUAUAUCUUAAUAUAUAUUUUCUAAUCCUGGUACAGGAAAUGUAUUUGCGGAGGUCUACUUGUUUGCCCCCACCCAGGUCCAGACUCGGACUACGGUAAAAUAUGGGAUGGAUAACUGAACAGUAUUUUGUAUCAUAUGUGUUAUAGUGUAAGCUUAAGCUACGUCUACACUAGCAGCAUUCACCGUCUACACUAGCCUUUUAAAUCCCGGUUUUUUCCUAAAAGCCGGCUUUUUCAAUUUCUCAAUCGUAAAAGCCGGCUUUUUAAAAUCCGGCAAUUAUUGAGGGAUUUUUCAAAAUCAAAAAGCCGGCUUUUUCAAAAAACCGGCAAUUUUAUGUGUGUAGACGGUAAAUCCGGGAUUUAUCAAGUACCCGGAUGUCAUUCGUCCAGAGCUUCCGUACAUUCAUAACAUUGGCAUUGCUUCCGGUUCUAAGAAAUUGCGGUAAAUCUCAAAUCCAUCUAUAGCCUAGCCUAUUUAAUUUCAACAUGCCUAACCUAAAAUGGGUUAACGAGGAGUGCUUAUUGCUAAUUGAGAUUUGGGGGCGGGGGAACAUUCAAGCUUUGUUUGAUGGAACUGUCAAAGACAAUAAAAUUUACAGGGUUAUAUGCGCUGAAUUAGCCGAAGCUGGCUUCUCUCGGUCCACCGAACAGGUCAAAAGCAAGUUAAAACGGCUCAAGAAGGAAUACGUCGGUUUUCAUCGUCUUUUUCCGUUCAGUCAGUGUAGACGCUACUCUUGAAAAAGCCGGGUUUUGAAAAAACCGGGUUUUUAAAAAGCCGGCUUUUUCAAGCCUAGUGUAGACGAAGCUUAUAUGAAUAUACAGGUUACAAUAAUUAAUUUGAUCGAGUAUUAAACCUGCUCAAUGAAAUGGCAGUAGUUAUAUUUCACAUUGUUUUAUACCAAGUUCAAUAUAGAUUUUAUAAGCUAAAGGUUUGUUAAUCUACUGUUUAUUCUUGUGUUCGUCAUUUGGUAAUUCUAUGCAAUAAUGUCCUUUAACCCUUUGUACUCUUGUUGUUCUUCAAUAGUGACAAAAAUUUAAUUUAGCUCCGACCAAAUUAGGUUUCGAUCUCUCGUCAAAAGACGAAACGCCACUGCCUUGGCAAUCUAUUUGGGUGGGUCAAAACGAUCAAUAAAAUAUGAACAGAUUUGUGUAGUUGUCAUAUAAUUAAAGGAGCUAAUUCGCUAAUAUUUGGGACGUAGAAGUCGAUACAAAUGGGUCGCAACGCAUAUAAUUAUGUAAUAUAAAUGUAUAUAAACUAAUUUCCAUUCAA